GCUGCUCGAGGUACACCACCGAUUCUAUCAGUGGUGAAACGUUAGUUAGCCAGCCAUGAUCGCCGUCGUCCUUCUGGUCCUUGGCUUCACGCUGUUCGUGGCCGCCGAUCCCCUGGACCAGAUAUGCGGCACCAGCGACAACUACACGGCCAACAGCACCUACCAAGCCAAUCUUGUACUCCUAUCCGCCGCGCUCCCUAACAACGCCUCCUCCACACAACUACUCUUCGCCAAGGGCUCCGACGGCGCCAGCCCGGACACCGUCUACGGCCUCGCGCUCUGCCGCGGAGACACCAACGCUUCCGGCUGCAGCUCCUGCUUGGCCACCGCGUUCCAGGACGUGCAGAAGCUGUGCGCGUUCAGCAAGGACGCUAUCAUCUUCUAUGACACAUGCCUCCUCGGAUUCUCCAACCAUGACUUCCGCAACAAUUCUUCCGAUGUCCUUGGUAACGCGCUCAUCGUGUAUAGCAUACAGAACAUCACAGAGCCCAUGUUACCCGGUUGCGAUCCCAGCAACCCCGACAGCGUCACCGUCGUCACCAGCAUCAUCAUCAUGCUGCUGCAAGAGACAGCUAAGCUGGCGGCGUACAAUUCGACGAGGAUGUACGCCACGGGAUACAUGGUUGUCAGCAGCACGUUCCCGCCUCUCUACUCCUUGGCGCAGUGCACGCCGGACCUGGCACCUGGGGACUGCUGGGCGUGCCUCCGGAACAUCAGCGAGAUGGCGACGAAGUACUUCACCGGGAAGCAAGGUGCACUAAUUCUUACUCUACGGUGUAAUUUCAGGUACGAGGUGUAUCCGUUCUACCACGGUGAGCCCAUGCGGCAUAUAGGUUCGCUGGGUGUUGUUGUGCCGCCAGCGCCGGCUAUUGUGCCGCCAGCGCCGGCUAUUGUGCCGCCAGCACUGGUGCCCAACAAGAAACAUAACAGUCGCACUGGCAAAGUCUUGGUCAUUGCCUUGGUCGUUCCACUAUCUGGAUCAUUUAUCUGCUCGAUCAUUUUGCUUGGAUUCAGAAAGCACAGAAAAGGUAAAGGUUCACAGGACAAGGCUAAGAUGAAUGUGCAGGAAGCUGGAGCACUAGUUUGGGAGCUGGAAGGAAGGAGUUCAGAAUUCACGUUUUAUGACUUUUCACAAGUAUUGGAGUCUACAAAUAACUUCUCAGAAGAAAACAAACUUGGGCAAGGAGGCUUUGGUCCUGUAUACAAGGGCCGGUUUCCUGACGGUUUGGAGAUAGCAGUUAAGAGACUUGCUUCACAUUCAGGUCAAGGUUUCACAGAGUUCAAAAAUGAAAUACAGCUCAUAGCCAAGCUCCAGCACACAAAUCUCGUUAGGCUCUUGGGAUGCUGCUCUCAGGGAGAGGAGAAAACACUAAUCUACGAAUACUUGCCAAAUAAAAGCUUGGAUUUCUUUAUUUUUGAUGAAACAAGAAAAGCUUUACUAGAUUGGAAUAAACGCCUAGUGAUAAUAGAAGGGAUAGCACAGGGACUUCUGUAUUUGCAUAAGCAUUCUCGGUUACGUGUUAUUCAUAGAGAUCUCAAAGCAAGCAACAUUCUCUUGGACUGCGAAAUGAAACCUAAAAUUUCAGAUUUUGGGCUCGCGAAGAUAUUUAGCACAAAUGAUACUGAAGGAAACACAAAAAGGAUCGUUGGGACAUAUGGUUAUAUGGCUCCUGAGUAUGCUGCUGAGGGCCUCUUCUCAAUCAAAUCUGAUGUAUUCAGCUUUGGUGUCCUAUUUCUUGAGAUCGUCAGUGGAAAAAGAACAUCAAGUUUCCAUGGAUAUGGAGACUUCAUCAACCUUCUUGGAUAUGCAUGGCAGUUUUGGAAAGACGGAUUAUGGCUUCAACUCGUGGAUGCAUGUUUAGUUGCUGAGGGUCAUACAUUAGAGAUGAUGAGAUGUAUUAACAUUGCAUUGCUGUGUGUGCAAGAGAAUGCGGCUGAUCGACCAACGAUGUCAGAGGUGGUGGCGAUGCUAAGCAGCGAGAGUAUGACCCUGCCUGAGCCUAAGCAUCCAGCAUAUUUCCACGUAAGGGUGACAACGGAAGUGGCAUCCACAAUUGUUGUGCCAUCUAGUGUUAAUGAUCUUACAGUAUCUGCUCUCGGUGGCAGAUAAUUUGCUGGAUUUGUUCCGAAUCAUGUGAAAGUAUUUUUAGUCCUCAAAAAAAGUGAAAGUAUUUUUCAUUAUUGAUC